AAGAAACAAAAUGAAGAAUAUGUCUCUCUCUUGAAUGAUGUUCGUGACUAUUUCAGAAAAUCCUGGUAUAUUUUUCUUAAUGAUUGUGAAGAAGCAAAACAAUUCAACGAUUAUUCAAGGUAUCUUGUGGACGAUAUCUUAAAAGAAGAUCAAGUCGAUAAUGAAAUAAAAGAAGUUAUUGACUUGACAAAUGAAGAAGGUGUUAUCGACAAAGUUGAGGAAGUUGAUAAAAACCUAUAUACUGAACAGGUUUAUUCAAACGAGGAUCUUUAUAUAGAUCCUAAGGUUCCAGUAGACAAUACUGAGAACCUUGAUAAUCAGGAAGUUAAUAAUAUUGAGAACCUUGAUAACCAAGAGGUUCCAAAUUAUGUUGAGAGUCUUGAUUCAGAGAAAGAUGAAUUAGAUCAUUUUAAAAUUCCUGCUGAGAUUCCAGAGGAUGAAUAUGAUUUCUUAAAUUUUUCUGACUGA